GGGGCUUUUUCACCUGUUUACGGAAAAUUCGAGAAAGAGUUUGGCUCCGUAAUGUUCCGUUGACCGUUAGAUACUGUAUAUGUCUUUGUGUAUCAUAUAAUUAUUCUUCAACAGUUAUACUUUGCCAUUAAUAGUGUUUUUUAACAAACUGCAUUAACUUUAUAAUGGACGUUUUGUUUUGCGCAUGCGUCACAGUUAAGGGUCAAUUUAGCCUGGUAGCAGCGUUUAGCAUUCAGGCUUUAUAGUCGCCACAAAUGUUUGUAUUCCAUGUAAUAUCCUGCGAAACAUCCCAACUUCUUAACUAUAUAUGUGUUUUAAUUCUUCAGGCAAAUAUCAGCUUGACUGCUCAACUGCCAAAUUGCGCGUUGAUGGCUGCGUGGACGUGGAUGUGGGCUACAAAGGAGGCAGUGGCGCACAAGUCCCGCCUGUAUUUCCCUCUGGAGGAGUCUCAGUAUCUGGGGAUUGGAGCUGCGGGUUGUCAGUAGCUGAAAUGGCUCAUCCUUAGCUCACACACACAGUGUGUGUGUGUGUGAGAGAGAAACGAAGCCAGACAGUGACGGAUCUGAUCUCCCUGCUCUCUUUAACUGCCUGUCACACCGCACAGGCGCGCAACAACAGCCACCUGCAGCCAGCCAUCCAUCCACCCAUCCGUCCAUCCGCUGUCGGGAUGGAGAGAGAGAUGCAGCCCGCAGAUGAAGGACCGUGCGCCCCGAAGAUGUGCCGAGAGGAGAGCGGUCCGUUCAGCACUACUAAGAUCUUCCAGAGCAAACGCUCGGCGGGCAAGUCGCGCGUUGACAGGUCCGCUGUGGUGGAGGUGCCUCUGUUUGGCGACGGACAUCACUUCACUUUUCACCCCGAGCAGCCUCAUCAUUUCCAGCCGCUCCAUCUCCGUCAUUACCAGCAGCAGCAGCGCCUGCAGCCGCUCCACCAAACCAGCGUCGCUAUCAGCAGCAGCAGCCAACAGCAUCACCCGCCGCCUCAGCAGCAGCGUUUCCCAUGUGAGGUCAGGCCCAGCAGCAGAGUCCCGACAUCCACCACGGUGGCGGCGGCGGCGGCGUCUCACAACGCACAGCAGCGACGCGCUAGCGGCGGCGGAGCGGAGCCCAGAUUCUCUCCAGACUGCACCCACGGCAUCAGCUCAGAAAACCGGCUCAUCUUGGAUGCCUUUGCACAGCAGUGCAGUCGAGUCCUCGGCCUCCUCAACAAUGGCCGUCUCCUGGAUCCUUCGUCCUCCUUUACCUCCAACAUCAAGCUGGAAGACACUCAGGGGCUUCACUGCUCCUCACUAGGGAAGGCCAAACCUGAAGAAAGCUCGUCCACCACAGACCCAGAGGAGGAGGCUCAACAAAGCCAUUUCAACCAACAACAGACCUCUGCCGUUCUCCGCAUCUUCACAGACUCCCUACAGAACUACCUCUGCCCAAAGCCUCAGCCUCAGCCUCAGCAGCAGCAGGUGCAGCAUGUGGCUGCAGGUCUGGGGGACGAGCAGUGUCCAUUAGCUGAGCCCGGUUCAGGGGCGUCUCCUCCAACUCACACCAUGGGAGGGUGGGGCUCGCCGACUCCAUCCGAGUCCUACGGCCACCCGUCGUCCACGCUGCCCGAGGAGGACGAGGAGGAGGAGAACUGCUGUCCACGCUGCCUGGAGCUGGAGCAGGAGGUGCUGUCUCUGCAGCAGGAGAACGAGGAGCUCCGCAACAAGCUGGAGAACAUCCCAGUUCCUUGUCAAAAUGUUCUCGACUACUUCAAGACUGUUCUGGAUUUUCACAACCAGCUGAUCCAGCCGAUGCCAGAAGAGCAGCUCACAGAGGAAGAAGAACGGCAAACAGUCUUCGAGGGCAGUAAACAGCUCCUGGAGAACUAUCCUCUUUUCAUCACUAAUAAGCAGUGGGACGAAGCCGUCAACUCCUCUAAGAAAGACGGCCGGCGGCUGCUACGUUACCUGAUACGCUACAUCUUCACCACAGACGAGCUGAAGUUCUCUUGUGGUUUGGGCAAAAGAAAGCGUUCAGUCCACUCAGGGGAACCGGGCCUGGAGAGGCGCCCGCUCAACCCUGUCAAAGUCAGCUGCCUCAGAGAGUUCAUCCGGAUGCACUGUGCCUCAAACCCAGACUGGUGGAUGCCGUCAGAGGAGCAGAUCAACAAAGUGUUCAGCGAUGCCGUGGGUCACGCUCGCCAGGGCCGAGCGGUCGGCACGUUCCUGAGCAGCAGCUGUAGCAGCACCAGCAGCCUCUACAUGGACAGCUUUGACGGACAUUUGUCACAGGACGACCUGUAUUUGAAGGGCUGCCAGAACGGUCAGUCAGACUGAAGUUACAGGGGAUAUGAAGAGACAAACGCCAGAUAUGUAGCCGUACAACAGAAACAACAACAACAUAUCCCAAAAUCACUGACCUUAUUCUGUCACUUUACACAGUGAAGAAAACAUUCCAGAGGAACGUUAUAUAUAUAAUAUAACUGCAGUCCUCUUUUCAAACUGUUUUGUAGCCUUUUGCCAUUUUUUUUAUAACAAAUAUUUUGUUGAGUGUUUUAAAUUUAAAAGAGUUUAAGUCUUCCAUUUGCUGCUUUUUUUUUUUUAGUGGUUUGGUGUUUUAAGUUUUGGGGGAUGGAGGUUGGUUUGUUCACACAGUUUUUGUUUUUUGUUUUUCACCCUUUACUCGCACAUUUUAAAGGUCACCUGGAAGCUGAAUGUGUUCAGAGACUUGACAAUGCAGCCUCCAUCACCUCCAUCAUGGUAAGUCAGCGUGGCUGAUGAAGCACCUUUUACUUUUUAGCCUUCUUCAGUGAGUGCCUCUGGGAAAGUCAUGAUUUUUUUUUACCUAUAGUUCUGCACUAUGUAUCCUCACGUUUAUCUUCAAAAAUGCAUUUUAAAAGGCACAUUUUAAAUAUUUUCCAAUGUGCUAAAUAGGUUUUGCACAACACUGGUGUGUUUUUGGACUUUCUACAACUGAUAUUCACUGAUAUUUUAAAGGGCCAGUGUUUAAGAAUUGGUAAAAAAUGAUUUUCAUUUGUUGGAAGGAUUAAAAAAGAAAAUCUAGUGUACAAUUACAUUUCAUCUCUAAACACCUAUUGUGUUUUAAUGAAAACUAAAAGGAAGGGUGAAUUGAGAGAUCCUACUGACCCAGUUCUUAAUUUACUGACCAUAAAAUUUAACCAAGCGUUCAAUAAUCUACAAAGGCAACAUGACAUCUCUUCAACUUCUAUGUAUGUGACCGUAACAUAAAACCAAGACAUAAAAACAUGUUAUUAAUAAGCACAGGAAUUGCAGAAAAGACUAAAAUUCAUAAUUGUACAAAAGCGUUUGCAGAAAUAGCCCAGAACAUUUUACGCAGCACUCAAAAACAAACUUUGUAGGCCUUGUAUUAUUGUUUAUUUUUUUUGUGUUAAAGGCAGCUGCCAUAUAAAAUGCCUUAAUCAUGUAAAGUGUUAAAAGCUGUGUGUUUCAGAAAUCAUGUAACGUUGGUUGUUCAGUUAGUUGCAGUUCCCUGAUAAUGCCAGAAACUUUGUAACAGCUACAUUUUGACCCUGAGUUGGAAAACAAUUGAGCACAUGUUUCUCAUUGAAGCUCUUACUUGCACUUUCCUUUUUGUGUGUGUGUGUGUGUGUGUGUGUGUGUGUCUCAUCGCUGCUGAAGCUGCUCUGGAGUGAAAAAAAAGUCCUUGAACAGAAUUCAAUUUUCAUUCUUUGACUUGUAUUUGUUCUUUUUCCCACUCGGUAGCUUCCUGCCCACGGCAUAGUUUUCCAAGUUUAAAUGUAGCAGGUUUAUUAGGUCGGUUUUUGCCAUGUUGACUGUGCUGUGUACAUGUGUAUUAUAAAGUACAGUAACUGUGUUCUGAGGUGUUCUUCAAAUACCACGUCUCCCUCUUUUAUAAAAAGCCAAGUAGAAAAGUGCCACAGAAACCUUAAAAAGGUUGGAUUCUGUUGUCGUGAUGCUGUUGCUGAAUGUGAGCGUUUGUUCCUUUACCCUCAAAAUGGCUGUUAUCAACACUGUGAAACAUCAGUCUGAUUUUUACACAUAUAAUAGUUUAUGUUUCUUUUUUUAUUAAUAAUGAAUAAAACAAGCACUGAAGCUGGAAAAGUGUUGGUCAUUUGAACAGUCUGAUACUCUUGGACUCCUGUAGCUCUGCAUUAUACAUCAUUUCAUGAAGUAAUCAUGUGUUUUGUUCGUAAACUCCUAAUCUGAAAAGUGACUCCAGCUGUCAGGAAACUCCACUGCAGUAAAGAAGUGCAACAUUUGGAGCAGGAACUUUGAUUCUGUGGCAGAUGCAGCU